GUGACAUCGCUGCACAUCAUCUCUCCUGCUUCUCCUCAGCUUCGGUUACCUUACUCACCUGAAAGACGUCUGCAGGCACUGGUCCCGGAGCAGAGCGGAGUCCUGGUCCACGAUCUGAACCAGGCGGAGAAAUAAUGUGGCUGAUCGUGUUGGCCGGUUUACUUCAGUGCGCCUCGGCCUACGAUGUGGACCUGAAGAAACUGGACGGGCUCGCGAAAGCGAGGGUGGAGACAUGCGGUGGAUGACAGCUGAACAGGCUCAGAGAGGUCAAAGCCUUUGUGGUCCAGGACAUUCCUCUUUACCAUAACCUGGUGAUGAAGCACAUUCCUGGGGCCGACCCUGAGCUUGUCCUCCUGAACCACUAUUAUGAAGAGCUGGACCGGAUCGCCCUGUCCGACAUGACCCGCUCUGAGAUCAACGAGCUGCUGGAGAAGCUGGGUUUCUACAAGAAGGCUCAACCUGAGGACGAGGUACCGGAGGAGUUCCGCUUCUCUCCAGCCAAAGACAGCCCGUUUAAAGACGAGCCGGCUUACAAGCCCUCCACUUCCACUCCUGCCACAGAGAACGCCUCCUCAGAGCCCAACGCUGAAGUCAAGCAUACUGACCUAUAACCCGUCAGGAGUGGAGAAAAGUAGGAAUCUCAUUGCACCACUCAGCCACAUAGCUGCUCCACGACCAGCUGGUCAUUGCAGUUCUUGACAGAAAUACUUGUCAUUUGAAAAUAAGGCCAGCAGAUCAUGGAUCAGCCGUUGUGCAAGGACACAAUGUUAGCAUCAGGAAAAGACCACCGAAAGGUCCACGCUCUGAAUUUUGCACAUAUUUUUCUUGCUGUUUGUUCUUCAUUGUUGCAGUGAAAGUAACCCUUUGUGAGUGCUUUUCUACUCCCCACACAAAGACUGGAAAUGUUGUAUUGUUUUUUUUGAUCGGUCGUGUCAGCCGUCUUCAGGAUCCUCGUCUCACUUGGGUUCUCUUGUGUGUCUGAUUGCUUCCUACCUGCUGUGAAACUGAAUGAAGCUUCAGGCUGAAAACUGUCAGAGGCCUGAGGUUGAUGCUACAUGUUCUGGUGGGCUGGACUGAGACACACAAGAGGAUUCAAGUGGAA